UUCCGGUAGCGCACAGCUGCGCCGGAAGUAGCGCGCUUCGACUUCCGGGCGGGACGCGAGAGGAUGGAGACGAUUCUGGAGCAGCAGCGGCGUUAUCAUGAGGAGCGGGAGCGGCUGAUGGACGUCAUGGUGAAGGAGAUGCUCACCAAGAAGUCCACGCUCCGCGAUCAGAUCAACUCCGACCACCGGACGCGGGCCAUGCAGGACAGGUACAUGGAAGUGAGCGGCAACCUGAGGGACCUGUAUGACGACAAGGACGGCUUACGGAAGGAAGAGCUCAGCGCCAUUUCAGGGCCAAAUGAAUUUGCAGAAUUCUACAACAGACUGAAACAAAUCAAAGAGUUUCACCGGAAGCAUCCCAAUGAGAUUUGUGUUCCCAUGUCCGUGGAGUUUGAGGAACUGUUGAAGGCCAGAGACAACCCAAGUGAAGAAGCUCAAAACCUGGUGGAGUUCACAGAUGAAGAAGGGUACGGGCGCUACUUGGAUCUGCACGACUGCUAUCUGAAAUACAUUAAUCUGAAAUCAUCAGAGAAACUGGAUUACAUCACUUAUCUGUCCACGUUUGACCAACUCUUUGACAUCCCCAAAGAGAGAAAAAAUGCUGAAUAUAAGAGGUAUCUUGAAAUGCUUCUUGAGUACCUACAGGAGUACACAGAUCGAGUGAAACCAUUACUGGACCAGAAUGAACUGUUUGGGAAAAUUCAGACUGAGUUUGAGAAGAAGUGGGAGAACGGAACAUUCCCUGGCUGGCCGAAAGAGACCAGCAGUGCCCUCACUCACGCUGGAGCCCACCUGGAUCUCUCAGCGUUUUCCUCUUGGGAGGAAUUGGCCUCCCUAGGACUGGACAGAUUGAAAUCAGCAUUAUUGGCACUGGGGCUGAAAUGUGGCGGGACUCUGGAAGAGCGUGCGCAGAGACUUUUUAGUACUAAAGGCAAGUCCCUGGAAGCACUGGAUCCUUCCUUGUUUGCUAAGAAUCCAAAGACAAAGGGAAUCAAAAGAGACACUGAAAGAAAUAAAGAUCUUGCAUUCCUGGAAGCUCAGAUAUAUGAAUAUGUAGAAGUUCUUGGGGAACAGAGACACCUCACUCAUGAGAACGUGCAGCGUAAGCAGGCGCGGACAGGGGAGGAGAGGGAGGAGGAGGAAGAAGAGCAGAUCAGCGAGAGCGAGAGCGAAGAUGAAGAAAAUGAAAUCAUUUAUAAUCCUAAAAAUCUGCCCCUUGGUUGGGAUGGCAAGCCAAUCCCGUACUGGUUGUAUAAAUUGCAUGGUUUAAACAUCAACUACAACUGUGAGAUCUGUGGUAACUACACCUACAGAGGGCCCAAAGCUUUUCAACGCCAUUUUGCAGAGUGGCGUCACGCUCACGGGAUGAGAUGCCUGGGCAUUCCCAACACUGCACAUUUUGCCAAUGUCACACAGAUUGAGGAUGCUGUCUCACUGUGGGCAAAGCUGAAACUACAGAAGGCUUCAGAGAGGUGGCAGCCUGAUACAGAGGAGGAAUAUGAGGACUCCAGUGGGAAUGUGGUGAACAAGAAGACCUACGAAGACUUGAAACGUCAGGGGCUGCUGUAACUUUUCCCAGGUGAAGGAUUUCACAUCAGAAAAAAAAAAGAAGUGUCACCAGCUCCAGUUCUUCAGCUUAUUGAUUUUUUUUCUACUUGCAUGAACAUAGGAUACUUUAUAGAAUCGCUUUCUAGUAAGCCCUCUGUGAGAAGCAGCCUUGUGAUGUUAUUUUAUAUUAAAAACCUUAAAAAUAAAUGGAUUUUAACUUAGGAAGUGCUGAAAAUGCGUCUCCUUUUGUAUGCUGGAAGGAGGAGAUUUGAUAAUGGUGUCUUUCAGAAACUUUCUACACGGUUUGAAUUGUUAGAAACAAUUACUUGUCUCUUAUUCCAGUGCUGAUGGAAGUUUUUAUGAUGAGGACUGCCUUUAAAGCACACACGAGCAUUGCAUGCUGACAAUCUUGUACUGUAUAAUAGUUUAAUGUCUGUCUGUGCUCCUUUGCAGAGCAGAUAUUUGACUUGCAUUGCUGCUUUGGCUUCAAGUCUGGCUUCCUGUGAGGCUUUGGCUACUGGGAUUUUUUUCAGGGAACCAAUAAAUGAGUUUUGUUUAGGA